AUGGAGCAGAGCGAUGGGCCCAAGCGACCGAAGCUCGCCGACGCCGCCGACGGCGACGAGGACCGCCUCAGCGUGUUGCCCGACGACAUUCUCAUCCACAUCCUCGUCAAGCUCCGCUGCACCCCCAUGGCCGCUCGGACCAGCGUCCUCUGCCGCCGCUGGCGUGGCCUCUGGAAGCCCGUCCCGGAGCUCAACUUUCCCCUCGGCACCGAGCCGCACCGCAUACGCUCUGCCCUCACAGCCCACGAAGCGCCGGUCAUCCACUUCCUCGUCGUCGACCUCCAGGACGCCGCAGCGGAGUCGGUGGCGACGUGGAUCCCCAUCAUCGUGCCCCGCCUCCUCGGCGAACUAGUCAUCUUCAAUCUCAGGCGGGACUGGGAUGGGGAAACAGGCACAGUUGAGCUGCCUUGCUUCCAGGGUGCCGACUGGAUCUCCCUCGACCUAGACAAUCUUGGCCUCGCCCUGCCGCCCUCCGGCGUGUUUGCCCGGCUCACCGAUCUCUGUCUGGUAGCCGUUAGGAUGCGUGGUCCCUGCAGACUUGGUGAUGUUGUCUCCUCGCCACGAUGCCCAUCGCUGCGGAAGCUCAUCCUACGCGACGCCCAGGUCCGGGAUGACAUUGUAAUCCACUCAGAGUCUCUCUUACAAAUAGGGAUGGAUAAUGUGUUACUAGACAACAACGCCUUGGGUCCGGGCAUCCUCGACAUUUCCUCAGAGUCUGUCCUCCAAAUAGAUCUGAAGAAUUUAAUUGGCGUGCGGAAGCUCCUUGUCAUGGCUCCUGCACUCAUUUCAUUGAAAGAGAAAGACACCACCUACAUUGCUGAUCCUGUGGAUCCGAGUCAACCACUUGCCAACAUCUCAGCCCCUCGGCUCACGUUUCUUGAGUGGAAUGCUCGUUAUGAUAGAAGAUCCAUUCAGCUUGGCAAGAUGGCACAUCUCCAAUGGCUGCACGCCGGUCAAUUUCUUGUAUAUGGAUCCGAUGAGGAUUUUGCACACAAUCGCAUCAGGCUUUUGCAGCGCUUCGAGUUCAUCAUCUGUCUUGACCUUGCGCUUUACUAUCGGAAGGACAUAUCUGACCACCAACGCUACUUGAUGGAGGACAUGCCAGGGCUCCCACAUGUUUUAUUCUUGUCCGUAAAAGUUGCCGCGAAUGGACAUUCCUUUGGAGCCAGCUUAUUCCAUGCUCUCAGGGUGUGUACUGGUGUAAGAAAGCUGACUCUUGCAUUUGAUGUCAGUUCCAGGCAACUCGAGGCUCAAACUACAUGCUCGCUGGGUUGCAUAUGCCAUCAGCCACCAAACUGGAAAACUGACGAACUCCUGCUGAGUCACCUCAUAAUAAUCGAAAUCAGUGCCUGGUGA